AUGUCAUCCGCGUCGUCCCUUUCUUCCUCGACCACCAUCUCCUCGACGCCUUCUCCUCGAUCAGCAACUCCUUCAUCCUCUUCUUCGUCUUCUUCCAGUAACAGUAGUAGUAUGAAUUCAUCAUUGUCAUCACCAUCAACAACAACAAAUAUUUCCACACUCCUUUUAGAUUUCAAAUUACGACUCGAGAAUAUCGAUGAACCUCCGACGUUUAUAGAAUGCGAUGGCAGUACGACGAUGGAUCAUCAUUUGGAACAACAACAACAGCACUCCAAUAAUUCUUCUUCCAAUACCUCUUCCUCCAAUUCAUCCAACAACAACAAACAACAUUCCAAAUUUAAUUCUUCUUCCUCUCUCCAUACCAAUAAUCUCAAAAUUAAUGAAAACAACUUGUCAUCAAAUCCACGACAUUCACUUCUUUCCUCUUCACUACGAUCAUCGACAUCUGCCAAUAUGAACGCAAAAUCUGGUUUCACAGAUGCUGUUUUUUCUCUCAUUAAUUAUUCAUCGCCGUUUAUGGGAAUUGACAAUCAAAAGAGAGGAAUUUAUGCACAAGAAAUUUUGGAUCAAAUCAAUGAAUUGAAUCAACAACAACAACAACCCGAAGUCACACCAAUAUUGUCAGCUUCACUCUUGUCAUUUAAUUCAAGUAUGACGAUGGGAACAACUAUGAAUACUUCUACUUCGAAUUCAGAAACUCCUUUGAAAGCUCUUGUUUUUGGUUAUGCCACCUUGAUGGUUUGUUCAUCUAAAACCUUGUCAAGUCAAGCUGGACAUGUCAUUCAUUUACUCAAUAAGGCAGAAUACAAGUUGAGAAAUGCAAUAACUUGUUGUGAAUUGAGUCGAGAAUAUUCACUGGAUUUAAUGUUAAAAUCAGAUUUACAUUUAUUACUGGCAAGAGUUUUAUAUGAAUUGUCAUUUCCUCGAUUGGAUGAAUUGGAACGAGAAAGUUCACAACUGUCUUCCAAUAUUUCUAAUAGCGGUGGUAGUAGUGGUAACAGCAGUGGUGUUGGAAUUAACAAUUCUCCUGUCGGUCAACAACAUUCACAAAAUUCUGCUUCUAUAUCUCCACCUAUUAAGAUUACUGACUCACCAGUUGUGAAUGGAAAUAACAUGUCUCCUAGUGAACCACUUUCUGCUCCCAAUCUGACCAUUGGUACUGGAUAUUCUUUAGGAUCAUUGGACAAUGUGAUGGCAGUUUCAUUGGACUCUCCAGUUCGAGCAAGUUUUUCAUCGAAAAGUUCACCAAGUCCAAGUCCUAGAGGAAUGACUUCUCCGACAAGUUCUUCUCAAAAAGCAGCUCAGCAAGCUCAACAACAAAUUGAAAACAUGUUUCAAGACAUUUGUCUUCACAUGGAUUCUGCCAUUAAGCUUUUUGAAAAGUCCACACAAAAACCAAAAAAGAAAACACCUGUGGAUGAAAAGGACAUUGAACCUAUUGUUGUAGAUAUUUCACAAGAAUCAAAAAGAGCUUACAUGUACAUGUAUUUUGGAGAUGUUCUCACGCAAUGGUCUGUUCGAAGAAAACAACGUUGGGCAGCUCUCUGUUCACAAGCUCAGGAAAAGUAUAACACAUGUAUCAAGAUUUGUAUAGAAAAGAUUUUGUCAACCAUUGACAAGGACAAGGACGAUGUUUGUUGUAUCAAUUCGAAAUUUGUGAGAUGUGACGAAGAUGGAAGAAAUGGUUCCUUUAUUAAUUAUGUCUAUUGUCCACUUCAUCAUCAAUGUCUCUACAAGUAUGCAGUUUUGUUAUUAUAUUGGGUGAGAAGAAAAAGAGAACAUUCAACUAUUUAUGCAGGAGAAAAUACCUCAUCCAGUGACACUACAUUAUCCAAUUUUGAUUACGAAUCAACGGUGACAGCAGUGAACUCGGUUGGAACCAUGUCUUUAAAUUAUUCUGAUUUUCAAAAAUUAGAAUCACGUUUAAACGCAGAACAAAACAAAGCAAUACCUAGACAUGCUCAGUCUAUUUUGCAAAAUACUGUUGCGAGUGAAAGUGAAAAGCUCUGUAAAGGAUGUGUUUCGUUAUGGGAAAGUGUAUGCAAUGUAGAAAUGCGAAAAUCUGAAAUAUUUUGUGUGGAACAUAAUGUGAACCCACAUUUGUUUUUCCGACUCUCGAAUUCUAUUUAUGAGUAUGCCUUACUGCUUAUUCCUUCAGCCUCUAUUUUAGCUUGUAAUGACUAUCUGUCCAUGUAUGAUAAUAUUGAUGGAGAGCCAAUGAGAAAUUGUUCUCGAUCUGAAAUUUUAACAAGUGGACUCUCUUGGCAUGAUUUAUUAUUUAAACAUAGAAUGCUCGAUGAUAAGAAAGAACUCUUACGAGAAAAUAAUAGAAAAAUUCUCUCAGAUCAAACGUCCAAGACAGUUGUUCUUGAUGAAAAUAACAAGGAUGACCUCCGUUUGCGAUAUAGUUUGAUUUAUUCUGACAAAAUGGGUGACAUUAAUAUUCGAACCAUAUUAACACGAGAGUCGCUCAUGGAAAAAGCUAUUGAAGCGAUUGACAAGGCAUGUUCCAUCAUGGUACGUCCGAAUACAGACAUGGUCAUGUUCCAAAGUCAAUUAUAUUUUGAAAUGGGAGCUUUAAAAACAACCAACAUCACGUCAUCGAGUGAAUCGCACAUUGUAAAUACUUUAAAAACUCAUGAAAAGAAGAAGCAACAAAAAUCAGAAGCGGAAAGUCUUAAUGAAUCCAUGCAAGCUGAAAAUAGAGCUCGACUGUUGAAAGAAGUUGAUGAUUUAUUCACAUCCUCGAUUGUGGCGCUCAACAAAGUUCUUGAAGCAAAACCAUUCCACAUGGUUGCAAUGGCAAUUUUGGGAGAAGUUUACUUUUUCUGGGCAAGAGCUAAAUUCGGAAAAGAAUCAGACAAACACAUCCAAAAUGCAAUUGAAAUUUGGAGCCGCUUACUGACCUACUCUCAAUACACAGGUCAAUAUAAUUUAUCAUUGGAUCACAUUUCAAAAAUGAUUUCCUUUGCCUUGGAAAUUAGAAAAGGAAUCAUCAUUUGUGAUGGAAUGGCAUUGAAACAAGGAAAGUUACGAAAAAGUUGGACCGAAAGAUACUUCCUUUUAACGAUUGAACAUUUUGGUUAUUACGAAAUUAAAUCAAGUAAGAGCUUGAAAAAGAAAAAGAUGAAAAAUACUGUACCCACCGAUGAAAUUGAAUGUGCGAAACAAAAUCUCGAUGAAAAGUAUACCAGUAACAAGGAUUAUCCGUUUUGCUUGGAAGUUAUAUGCAAGAAACGAGUUUUCUAUAUUUGUUACAGCUCGCAAGAAGAAUUAGAUCGAUGGGAUGCAGCGUUUGAGUAUGUCAUUCUCAUGAAUCAAAUUAUGAAACCCUCAACCACUUCAACGUUGACCUUAACAAGCACAAAAUCAAAUUCCAAAUAA